AUGAAUUGCACUUACCAUAUUCAAAAUUAAGUAUCAUUAAUAUGUACAGCUCCCCACAAAUGUUAAUGUUAAAGGAAACUGUGCGCUGAAUGCCAAUACUAGCAUAAAGUGGAUUUUAAAUAUACAAUUCCAAUUAAAAUAUUUCGAGAAAUGGCUAUCAAGAAAUUAUCAGAAUCACUACUUGAUCAGACAUCUGAAUUAACCAAAUAGAGAAUGUAUUUUAAAUAAGUACUAUCACAAACCGAAGGAAUGAUGAAAAAAAUUUGGGAAGAGUUCGCAGAAUCAAUAAAAUUAAUAUAUGAUUUGAUCGAACAGAAAAAUAAAUCUUACUUUGAUCUUUUGAAAGAAAACCAGAAUCUAUCGGAAUCCUCCUAUUCUGAUUUAGAAAAAUUAGUAUAAAUUGUAGAAGGAAAAACAUUAAAUGAUUGGACUGUUUAGCAGAAUUCUUACUUGAUCGAGUUGGAUAAGGCAAAGAGAUGGUGGUACUAAGAAGUUAUGACUUUUAUUGAAAAGUAGAAUGAAGGAAUGAAAAAAAAUUUAUCAUUAAUUAAGUAAGAGAUAAAAUUUAUACUAGGAUUAAUCCUUAUCCAAAAGAAGGCCAAGUUUAUUAAAGAAAAGAAGAUCUUUAUGAAAUUUUAGCCGGCAUACAGGAUAUUGAUGGAUCAAUUUUCAAUAUGAUUAUUGAAAUAAUGAGAAAAGAGAAAAUUUCAGAUCUCCUUGAAUUUCUUUCAAAGACAGACAAUUUAAAGUUUCACCAAUCAAAGAUUAAUAAUUAAGAUAAAAUAUUUGAUAUUACGAAUAAUUUGAGAAAUAUUUAGGAUCAUCAUUUUAGUAAAAAUGACUAUUCCCAGGAAAUUUAACAAGAGGAAAGAUAAGCUUUAACAAACAGGAUAGCAUAGAAUAGAGGGAUUAUUGAAUUUUUAAAAUUUUUAGUUCACCUUACAGCUUUCGAUUCAAAAUUUAUUUAAAGUGGAUCCAAUGCACUCAAUUUAUUAGUAGGUAUGAAGGUUGAUCUUUCAAGCUAAUGCUUUGAAAAUAUCAGAAUCAAAAAUACUUCUUUAAUAGGAGCUAAUUUAGUCAGAUGUAAUUUGAGUGGAUCUGAAUUUGAUAAUGUGGAGAUUAGUGGAGUUAAUUUAAAUGGAGCAGUAUUGUUGAAUUGUAAAUGGAAGAAAAUUAAAAUAAAUGAAUUGAAUAAAUUGGAUGGCCAUACUGGUGCUGUCUGGUCAGUCUGUAUCUCUCCUGAUGGAAAAAUAGUAGCAUCUGGAAGCUAUGAUAAGUCUAUCCGUUUAUGGGAUAUAAAGACAGGAUAAUAAAAAGCCAAAUUAGUUGGUCAUACUGGUACUGUCUGGUCAGUAUGCAUCUCUCCUGAUGGUAACACAUUAGCUUCUGGUAGCUAGGAUAAUUCUAUCCGUCUAUGGGAUUUUAAGACAGGACAGUAAAAAGGCUAAUUGAAUGGUCAUACAAGUACAGUCUUAUCUUUAUGCUUCUCUCCGGAUGGUACUACAUUAGCAUCAAGUAGUGGAGAUAACUCUAUCCGUUUAUGGGAUAUGAAGACAGGAUAAUAAAUAGCCAAACUAGAGGGCCAUUAUAGUACUGUUUACUCAGUAAGCUUCUCUCCUGAUGGUACUACUUUAGCAUCUGGUGGUUGGGAUAGCUCUAUCCGUUUGUGGGAUGUAAAGACAGGAUAAUAAAAAGCUAAAUUAGAUGGUCAUAUUAGUAUUGUCUACUCAGUAAGCUUCUCUCCUGAUGGUACUACUUUGGCAUCUAGUGGUUGGGACUGCUCUAUCCGUUUAUGGGAUAUGAAAACAGGAGAAUAAAUAGCCAAAAUAGAUGGCCAUACUAGGGAAGUUCUAUCAAUAUGUUUCUCUCCUGAUGGUACUUUAUUAGCAUCUUGUAGUGAUGAUAACUCAAUUCGUUUAUGGGAUUUCAAAACAAGAAAAUUUAAAACCGAAUUGGAGGGCCAUACUAGUUGGAUUCAAUCAGUGUGCUUUUCUCCUGAUGGUAAUUAAUUAGCAUCUGGUAGCAACGAUAACUCUAUCCGCUUAUGGGAUGUUUAGACAGAAAAAUAAAAAGCAGAAAUUGAUAGUCAUAAUAAUUGGUCAGUAUUUUACUCUCCUGAUGGUACUAUAAUAGCAUCGAGUAGCUAUGAUAAGUCUAUCCGUUUAUGGAAUGUCAGAACAGGAAUGGAAAUUCAGCCCUUCGAUAAUAGAUACUUAGAUAUUCUGGCAUAGUUUAAAUAACCGCUAUUAUAAAAAAAUUCUCUUCCAAAUGGUUGUAUUUACUUAAAUAUUAUUUAGUUAAAACUCAUAUUAAUACUCUCCUUAUAUCCUAAACAACAAUUUUUUAAGCAUAAGCAGCAUUAAUUCUCAAAGGUGAAUUCUUUAAUCAAUCAAGCAUUGAUUUAAGAUCCUUUUUUAAGCAAAAAGGAGGUUUCAUUUUGGAUGACUAAUUAGAAGUGUUGUAAUGA